AUGAGUCCCAAGAUCGGCAUCUUUCCGGCAUCUGGUGCUCUCGGCACGAGCAUCUUGAACCACCUGGCGAAGCUCGUCCCAGCAUCUCAACUUAUUCUCAUCGCUCGGCGUCCCGAGAAGUUAGAUGAUUUCAAGAACGAGGGUGCCAUCAUCCGCCGAGCAGAUUAUGACGAGCCACCUACCUUUGAGACAGCAUUUGAAGGCGUGGAUAUUUUGAUGCUGAUAUCAUAUGCAUCCUUUGAGAUCAAGCACCGAGUGAAGUCACACCAACGUGCAAUUGAUGCCGCAUCCAAGAGUGGUGUCAAGCAUAUCUUCUACUCGUCCCUUGCAUUCGCCGGCAAUCUGAGCGACAAGAGUGUUGCCCAUGUAAUGGGCGCACAUCUAGAGACUGAAAAGUACCUAGCUUCACACACAGGGAACUUUACGUACACAUCCGUUCGUAUAGGCAUCUAUUCUGAAUCAUUCCCGAUUUACACAACCUGGUUCGAUCUUCGGAACCCCACAGACGAGAUCGCAAUUCCUCACUCUGGGGGUGGACCUGGUGUCGCGUGGGCAAAGCGUGAUGAGUCGGGCGAAGCUACUGCCAAGCUGAUUGUGUCGUAUGCCAACGACCCCGUCAACUUCAAAUAUACGAACCAGCUCGUCCUUCUUUCUGGGCCACGCGAAAUCUCUCUCGCUGAGACUGUCGAUAUACUAGGUCAGGCUAUUGGGAAAUCUAUCAAGAUUAGGGAGAUAUCUGUGGAUGAAUAUGCUGCUCUUCCUCAAAACGCCGAUUACCAUACCUACCACGGGGUCAAUCUUUCGAGGGAGUGGGCUACUGCCUGGGAGGCUAUCAGACAGGGCGAAACUGCUGUCGUGACGCCCACUCUUGGGGAGAUUCUGGGCCGCGAGCCGGAAAGUUUCGAAACUACCAUUAAGGAAAUGGUGAAAUGA